AUGAAACAAUGUUUGCGAUAUCUUAGAGGCACCACAGCGUUUGGUCUUGUGUUCGAGAAGUCUGCAACGAAGAUACCAAGGUUGAUUGGGUAUAGUGAUAGCAGUCACAAUGUCGAUCCUGAUGAUGGAAAAAGCACAACCGGACACAUCUUCUAUCUUGGAGGAAGCCCAAUCUCUUGGGGUUCACUAAAACAAGAGACUGUGGCAUUGUCGUCUUGUGAGGCAGAGUUCAUGGCUGGAACGGAAGCUGCCAAACAAGCAAUCUGGCUUCAAGAUUUGAUUGGUGAAGUCACGGGAAUGUUGAGCGAGAUGGUAGUUAUAAGGAUUGACAACCAGUCAGCCAUUGCUCUUACCAAGAACCCGGUUUUCCACGGUCGAAGCAAGCACAUCCACACAAGGUAUCACUUUAUCAGAGAAUGUGUGGAGAAUGGCUUAGUUGAAGUAGAACAUGUUCCAGGAGAUAGACAGAAGGCCGACAUUCUUAUGAAGGUAUUUGGAAGGGUCAAGUUUCACGAGAUGAGAGAGCUCAUAGGAGUUAGAGAAGUGACAAGAAAUGAUUUCAAGCUUAAGGGGAGAAUGUUGGAUAAGCUUGAAAGAAGCUUGAGCUGCAAGUUAAUCUAA